GUCUGCUUUGCAAGGAUCCCUCUUUCCUCCGGUCAGCCCAGCCCUGGCAGUGGGCAGUCGCCGGGGGAGGAGGGCACGGCUGUGAGUCAGGCGGAAGGCAGCUGUGGGCUGUGUCAACCGGAUUUGCAAGAGCCGCGUUCAUUGAAAAACAAACCUUGGCACAAACUGCGGUAGCAGCACCGGACCACGCAUUCUGUUGUGUGCUUUCAGCGGUUAGCACCGCUUCUCUGUGCUGUAUUGUGCUAGGCAUGACUGCGUGUGUUAUUCAGUGCAUUGUGAUGCCCUAUAUUGUUCCAUUAUUCGGCCCAUUGUUGGGAGGGUAUGGUGAUACGGGCGCUUUGUGCUGACUGAGGAGAGCGUGCUAGCUCUGCUGAUAUGGCUCAGGAGAAGGACAGUGUCAGUCACCACCAGGAAAGCUCCCAGGCACGGAGAUGGAAUAGGACACAGUCGGCCCUGUUUUGUUCACAGCUAUGCAGGAGUCUUCCAGUUCCCUCAGCAUGGAUGGAGCGUAUACCAGCAACGUUCCAGCAUUUCUCACCAAGCUCUGGACACUGGUAGAGGAUCCAGAAACCAACCAUCUCAUCUGCUGGAGUGCUACUGGCACCAGCUUCCAUGUCUUUGACCAGGGCCGGUUUGCCAAGGAGGUGCUGCCGAAAUAUUUCAAGCACAACAACAUGGCAAGCUUUGUGCGGCAGCUGAACAUGUAUGGCUUCCGCAAGGUGGUGAACAUUGAGCAGAGCGGCCUGGUGAAGCCGGAGCGGGACGACACCGAGUUCCAGCACCUCUACUUCCUGCAGGGACACGAGCACCUGCUGGAGCACAUCAAGAGGAAGGUGUCCGUGGUGAAGAGCGAGGAGACGAAGGUUCGGCAGGAGGACCUGAGCAAGCUGCUGUACGAGGUGCAGGUUCUGCGGAGCCAGCAGGAGAACAUGGAGUGCCAGAUACAGGACAUGAAACACCAGAACGAAGUUCUCUGGAGGGAGGUAGUCUCCUUAAGGCAGAACCACACGCAGCAGCAGAAGGUCAUGAACAAGCUGAUUCAGUUCCUGUUCAGCCAGAUUCAGUCCAAUGCACACAGCAGUGGUGGGAUGAAGAGGAAGCUCCCUCUCAUGCUGGAUGAUGGCUCCCCUGUUCCCCCGGCCUCCAAGUUCAGCCACAGUUUGCCCAUGGAGCCCCUGCAUGAGCCCUACUUCAUUCAGUCGCCAGCUGCAGAGGCUGCCUCCUGCUCAAACAGCGCUGCCCUGGUGGGAGGACCAAUCAUUUCGGACGUCAGUGACAUGUCUCAGCCAGGUGCCCUGGGCAUGCCUGCGCAGACUGAGGAAAGCAGGGAGAAGUGUCUGCUGCUGAUCAAGGAGGAGCCGGUGAGCCCGGGCCUGAGGCCCCGGCCGGAGGGCAUGCCCCUGGGCUCCUGCGACGUGUGCGCCGAGCCGCCCGUUCUCCCUGUCGCCAUGGUGCAGUCCGUCCUGGAGGGCCGAGGGUCCGGCACUGCGGAGAGGAAGGGAAAGAGGCCCCCCCUCAAUAGGCCAGAGGUGCUGGAGAGCGUGGAGCAUGUGGACAUGAGCCUGGAGGAUCUACAGGUGCUCCUGCGAAGCCAGCAGCAGAACCCUGAGCCGUCUUCUGCCAUUGACCCUUUUACCCCCGGCCUGCCUCUGAGCGAGUGGAACUUCGCAGACGUGGACACCAACCUCAAGGCGUACAUGUUUCAGCCCCAGGACUCUGACACAUUCACCAUGGCUGGUUGCGAAGAGCAGUGAGCUCCCGAACUGAGUUCUGGAAUCAACUGAGAGUGGAAAGAGUGAAGGACAGACAGACUCUCCGCCGUGAGGCCAGCCCCUCGGAGGGGACAGGUGCCGCCUUGAGGACUUUGCUUUUCAAACCCAGUAAGGAUGCACCCUUUGUUGCCCGGCCUUUUAUUUUUAAUUCUGAAGCCCUGAAGUAAAGGAAGCACACUGGACUUGCAUGUACAGGAGCUCCAGUCCCGCUGGUGUGACAGGACACACGGCGCCGCAGGAGAACGGACCGCAGGGCUCAGUGGACACUCCUGCACCCGCGGUGCCGCAUUAGGACUCAGAGCCCAGACUCCAGCGAGGUGUGUUCUGCUUAAACUGGGUCAACAUCAUUUCAGAAGCACAGAAAAUAUUUCAAUUAGCACUUACUUUGUAAAAUCUUUUGCACAAAGGGUGUUGGCCUUAAGAGGGUUUCUGCUUUUAAGAGGUAGGCAAUUUGCAGCAGCAGGCUUACACUGUAUGAAGCAUGUUUUUAAAUCUCAGAACACAACUGCACUCUGACCCUGUAUUAAUCCAUUCCAAAGUGGACUGGCCUGCAUGGCCUCCUCUGAGUGGGGCAAAUGGGAUUCUGGCUAUUCAGUUGUUGAUUUAUAUUUUUCUUGCACGAAUGUAUCUUUGUAUUUAAAUAUAUAUUUCUAGAAAAUACAAUCCUAUAGCAAUAUAACUUUUGUAAUUUCAGUAUAAGGUUUCAAGGAAAACUAUGUUUAUAGACUUCAGAUUUGAAAUAAGUACAAGACCAUAUCUUGCUUUUUUGCACAGUGUCCAUAUUCUACCUGUAUACUGCGAUUUUCUUUGAGGGCCAGAUACUUUAAUUGUGCAAUAAGAAGAACCUUUGCUGAUCUCUUCUCCUGACUUCCCAUCAUGUCUACGAGGAUGACUGUCACAGUAUAGUUUAAGGCUCAAGUAAAGCAUCAGUUAUUUGCAAAUGUUAUUUGCUGGCAGGAAGAGGGCUCAGUGAAAACAAAGGCAUUGCACACAACUGGCAGUGUGGGUGGCAGUUCAGAGGUAAUCUGGGCUCAUUUAGACGCCCACAGAGCAUUACUUUUCUGUAGGACUUGGGGUCUGUUUAGGUUAGAACAUUUCUCACUUGUAUCUGAUUGAAUGAUUCAUUUUUGACGUUAUGUAAACACAAUACUGUGCAAUACUGCUAAUUAGUGAAGGUUGCAAUAAGGUGACCACUGGAAUGUACUAGCACUGAGGGAUCACCAGCCAACAAUGUUCCAAACAAAUUGCACUAGGAAUGCAAAUUUAGUCCUAGUAGGUUUAUCACAGUUAGCUCUUGGUUAUGCCUCUGGAAGGUAUUUUGGCUUGGUAUGAAAUGGUUGCUUACGUGUGCUUUUUUAAAAUCCCAAUUUGUACAGACUGGCCUCCCUGAAUGUAAAAGAAUGAAAGAAGGUACGAGUGGCUUUCAUGUGUAAUGCCAUUUUUCAGAAGCGCGAUCAGUGCUGUUACAACAUAUAUAUAAUUAAAUUUUUGUGUAGAAGUAGCAAUCUUGUGUUUAACUGACUUCAUCAACAGCUGAGAAAUGUAAAUAUUUGUGCAAGAGUCUACUGCCAGGGGGUUUGAAUGUAUGACAUAGAAAGGAUUGUUUUUGUUUGCAGG